CAAGUUCAAAAAAAUAGAACACUACAACCGUGGACAUCAACCACUAAAUUACAAGGGCUGUAAUGGAAUCUUGAAAAGUAUGCUCUUUCUUUUUCUUCCUUUUUUUUUUUUUUUUCGAUCGGCAAAAAUUAUGGUCUUUCUGGAUAUAAUGGGAGCAACAAAGACGCACAAACAAUACAUUUUCUAGCAUUUCAUUUAAACCAAGAAUGAGAGGAAGAGGGCUAAUCGGGAAAAACUUUAGCUGUUUUUGUGCCCUGAAGAAUGCUCAGUUCUUUAUUUUCUGUUUGCUUUUGUUCCCUUUCAGCACCCAAAACUCUGCAGUAGACACAAUUACUCCAGACCAGAAUGUCACUGAUGGAAAAACCCUUGUUUCUGCUCAAAAGGUCUUUGAGCUGGGAUUCUUCAGUCCUGGUAAGGGGUCUCGAAAUAAGCGUUACUUAGGCAUAUGGUACUAUGGAAUUCGGCCACAGACGGUUGUUUGGGUUGCCAACAGAGAGAAACCAGUUCUGGAUAAUCAUGGAGUUUUUGUUAUGAGAAAUAAUGGAGAGCUCCAAGUUAUGGAUGGGAAAGGAAUAAUUCUUUGGUCUUUAAAUUCAACUGCAAAUUCAUCAAGGGUUUUACCAGCUAAUGCUACACUCAUGGAUAAUGGGAACUUAGUUCUGCAACGAGGUAAGGAUAUCCUAUGGGAAAGUUUCUGGGAUGAAAGUAAUACAUUUCUUUCGGGGAUGAAUAUGAAAAACAAAUCUCUCAGAUCUUGGAAGAGCGACAGCGAUCCAGCUCCUGGAGAUUUCACUUUUAAGGUUUAUGCUAAAGAAGGGAACCAGUUUAUGAUUCAGAACCGUUCAGACACCUAUUGGAUGAGUGGUUGGUCCAACCUUUCAGUCUCCUUCAACGAUGUACGAGAAGAUUUGGUCAGCAUGAUGAUCCCAGACAAUAACGACGCAAUUAUAACACCAGAUGUUAAGAAUAGGCUUGUGAUGAAUUCCUCUGGCCAUAUCGAGUUCUUUAGAUGGAUGGGUGGAAGCAAUAAUUGGUCUUUGUCUUGGUCAAAACCAAGCGACGUAUGCAGCUUCUAUCAAGCUUGCGGAGAUUAUGGCAUAUGUAGUGUUGGGGAUAACAAGAAGCCUAAUUGCACGUGCUUACCAGGGUUUCUGCAAACAUCGGAGGCAGAGUCUGGUAAUUACUCCAGGCCCAGGGGGUGCCGGAGGCAUGUAACAGGUUGCAGUGAGGAUGACCCCUUUGCAGAUGUAAGGUUGGACAAAGUGAGUUACCCAGACAAUCAUUUUGAGGCCGGUAGUGAGGAAGUCUGCAAAAAUUAUUGCAGAAAGAAGUGCUGCAGUGCCUACUUUUUUGCAUAUGAUUCUCGUCAAGGUCGAAAUGACAACAUGCCUUCUACAUGCUGGACAUGGAGCAGUUAUGAGACGCUCAAGUCUCUCAAUAGUGAUAAUUCCUUUGGAGGAAAUUUAAGGGUCCGUUUGGGUGGUACUACUGCUUCAGGAAGCUGUGUCACACAAACAAAAUCAACAUUGUGCAUACAACCACGGCAUGGUUGCAAUUCACAAGAAGAUUGCAGCCAAUUUCCCAAUUCAACUUGCCAGCGUAAUGCAGAAAGGGAUAAAAGUGGGUGGUGCAACUGCAUUCUUAGCUUCCACUGGGAUCCCAAGGCUGCAAAUUGUGCUCCUGAUACUGAAAACAAAAGCCCAUUGUAUGGAUCUUCACAGCAUAGCAAACCAUUAUUGUUGAUAAUUCCUUUAAGUACCAUAGCUGGCAUAGCUUUUACAGCUGUUGCUGUUGUUGGUAUUAAAUCUUUUCAGAAAAAGAUGACUGUAAGAAGAGCUCGAAGGAAUACAUUUGAAGGAAAAUCAACUUUACAGAAUGAAGAAAGUGAUAUUGGUGUCAGAGAAUUAGUAGGAUUUGAUGAGUUCCAAGAAGACAGAACAAAGAGUAUAGAUGUGCCAUUCUAUGAUUUUGAAAUGAUUGUAGCUGCCACAGAUGACUUCUCACUUUCAAAUAAGCUUGGACAAGGAGGAUUUGGGCCAGUAUAUAAGGGAAAAUUCCGUGGGGGACAGGAAAUAGCAGUGAAGAGGCUCUCAAGGAGUUCUGGACAAGGCCUGGAGGAAUUCAAGAAUGAAGUUGUAUUGAUUGCCAAACUCCAACAUAGGAAUCUAGUGCGACUUCUUGGUUAUUGUAUGAAACGGGAUGAAAAGAUGUUGAUUUACGAGUACUUGCCAAAUAGAAGUUUGGACUCAAUUGUCUUUGAUCCAAAGAAGUGCCUAUUGUUAAGCUGGGAAAUGAGAUAUAACAUUAUAGUUGGAGUUGCCAGAGGACUUCAAUAUCUUCAUCAAGAUUCUAGGUUGAGGAUUGUUCACAGAGAUCUCAAAACCAGCAACAUUCUUCUAGAUGAGGAAAUGAAUCCUAAGAUUUCAGACUUUGGAAUGGCAAGAAUAUUUGGUGGAAAGCAAACACAGGCAAAUACGACCAGAGUUGUGGGCACAUAUGGCUAUAUGUCGCCCGAAUAUGCAAUAGAUGGACUCUUCUCAAUAAAAUCUGAUGUCUUCAGCUUUGGGGUUGUAGUCCUUGAGAUCAUAUCUGGGAAAAGAAACACAUUAUUCUAUCACAAGGAACAAGCCCUAACUCUCCUAGGAUAUGCUUGGAAACUAUGGUAUGAAAACAUGGGAUUGGAUCUGAUGGAUCCAUCUUUGCGAGAAGACUGUAAUGAAGGACAGGCAUUGAGGUGCAUCCAGGUUGCGCUGUUAUGUGUACAAGAUGAUGCAGCAGAUCGACCAACCAUGACUGAGGUAGUGUUCAUGCUUUCUAGUGAAACUGCAGUUGUUCCCAAUCCUAGACAACCGAUUUUUGUCGUCAAAAGGUUCUCCGAAAGCCUUGCUUCUUCCAGCAAUCAAGGAACUGGCUCUAACAACGAACUAACCAUCACUUUUGAGGGUAGAUAAUAUAUAUUAUACAGACCGUAUUUGCUAUCCAAAAAACAAGAUGAAUUAUGUAAAUGCAUCUGAAUUGUAUCUAUGGAUGAUUUUCAUUAUGUUUUCCCUUUUGGCAAAGGGCCUCUCCAGCCAGAGUACCUACCAAUUAUAAUUUGGCUAAAAGAUAGGCGAUCUCUGGCUUAGCGGUUAAUGCAAAUGGUUUUAGAAAGGAAACAGAAUGGAACUCUCAUGAGAAGUUUCCCAUUUCGCAACCCCAUUAACGACUUUCCUCAUUUCUACCAUUGUUAAUUACAGGGUCACGAUUUGAAAUUGCGUUCCUUGGCAUUUCUGUUCUGGUGCCUGGUGGGUCAAAACCAGACAGAAAUGAAUACAUUUUUUUAAG